CCAAUGUCUCAAUUACCUCUCGUCGACUCGAUAUGGGAGUUCAACUACUCCCUGAGGUAGUUGGCGUUGCUAUUAUCGUUCUUGUAUAUUCAUUCCUAUGCCUUGGAGCUAGUGGGCUUAUGAUAUGGUUGGUCUGGACGCAUCAGGAAAGAGAUAGCUAUGUCGCGCUACUUUCCUACUCUACGCUUCUUGGCACCAUUGGAAGUAUUAUCCAGCAAUUUCAUACAUUCGUUUGGUGGAGAGAUAUCAAAACGGAGCAGUACGAAUACACUCUCAGGCAUCUUGGCAGCCCAGAGAUAGCUAUCGCGGGAGCGUCAUUUGGCCUCGAUCUUGUCCUAUUCUAUAUACAAUAUUACACAUACAAUGUGGAAGCAAUGCUUACCCUUUUCUGGGCCGUCGCGCUCACUUAUACCGUAUUUAAAUUCGCACACUUUACAACUUCCAAACGCCUCAGGCAAAGAGCCAACCAGCUAGCGAAACUUGUGGCUAUUAUCCUGCCUGCCAUUCUAAUGGCUCUACUGCGUGUGGAAAGGGUCCAAAACUCUCACGUAGCUUUCUUAAUACUCGCGAACUUUAAUAUAAUGAUUAGCCUUUCGAUUGGCAGUGUCUUAUUAAUAGCGAUUCUCAUCAAAUAUAUCUAUACUCGACACCGGCUUGUCUCAUGGAAUGCUCGUUACUUAUUUUCGCGAAGGUCGCGGGAGUCUGGUGGAGACAUCAAUGUGUUGGAUCAAGGCGACGGCCGUCAAAGCAUCUAUGAUCGUUGGCUGGUCCUGCGAUUCUCAAUCGGCUUCGUCGUGUUGGCGACUUUCCAGUUAAUUACUAUCCUAUCAGAGGUGGCUCAGCUAAGAACCCACACCAAAGAGCAAUUAGGCGAAGCUGCGGAUCUGUCUGUGGGGAAAGCUAGGACCGAUUUCUUACAUUUCUUGGCAGGGGUUUCGACCAGUUUACUGGUUUUCGUCGUAUUCGGAACUACACGAACAUUUCGGCAAACAAUGUACAAGACGUUCAUACCAAGGAGGUUUCGCAAGCAGCCAGCAGAUGUGGAGGCCCCGGUAGUUCCCGCCCGCGAUAGGGAUGCCCCCGAUGACACAGACUAUAUCCAAGAGUUCCAGGAUACGUCGAAUGAAGGUCCUUCCGAUACACGGUUGAAGAAUAUAGACGGAGCAAAAACUACAACAGCUACCGAUGAUAACGGACAACAUUCAGUUUCCCAAAGUACACAACCUAGCUAACAUGAAGCAUGGAGCUAUAAGUUCUAAUUUGCGUAAAGCUUGUAUAAUUAGGAGUUGGGGUUGGCAUCAUGAGGUUCGGUAGCAUUGCCCUACUGGCACUUAAGGGCUUGGCGUCAACUAAAAGUUGGAAUAUAGGAUACACAUGGGAAUAGAAUACGAAAAGAGGUUGUUAC